AUGAGCCGCGAUCUCAAUUUCUCCGGAUUUAGCCAAUUGGGUCGCGUCCAACCCAUGCAAAGCCUUCCUAGGGCAUCGUCGUCGUCAACCUCGGCCUCGAGGGAUGGCGCCGGCGACGGCGGUGUCACCGGGCAAGACAACCUGCUGCCGAUCGCCAACGUGGGGAGGAUCAUGAAGGACGGGCUGCCGCCGCAGGCCAAGAUAUCGAAGCGCGCCAAGGAGACGAUCCAGGAGUGCGCCACGGAGUUCAUCAGCUUCGUCACCGGCGAGGCCUCGGAGCGGUGCCGGCGGGAGCGGCGGAAGACGGUGAACGGCGACGACAUCUGCCACGCCAUGAGGGCCCUCGGGCUCGACCACUACGCCGACGCCAUGCACAGGUACCUGCAGAGGUACCGCGAGAGCGAGGAGCUCGCGGCGUCGCUCAACAACACCAACAACGCCGGCGGCAGCAGGCCGGCCGGCGCCAUACAGAUCGACGUGAGGGCUGAGCUCUCCAUCUUCAGAGGCAACCAGCAGCAAGGUCGAAAUGCUUAGCCAUGCAUGCAUGCACGCUGAACUGCUAGCUGUGCUCCUGAAGAAAAACCAUGUCCUACACUCUCAUCUGACGCGUGUUGAUCGAUCAGAUUGCAAAAAGUUCCUCCAAAUAUGAUGAAGACCUCUCUAAUAUUGAUCAUGCAUGAGAGUUUUGUGUGACGUGUGUGCUGUGUUGUGUGUUGCAAACUCUGCAGUAGCCAGUAUGUAUGCCUUGCUUGUCUGUGCAGCACAAUUUGUACUACGAUGUGCUGUACCAAAUCUGUACUGCUCUGGUUUCCAAAAAGUAUAUGUUGUACUGCUCUGAAGUCUGAAGAUAUAUGUAUGGC